GCGAAAGUAAAAAUCUGCCUGUUGCUCACCGGCCGGCGCCUUUUUUUUUUUUUAAUCUGUAGCUGAAUGUGUUAUUAAACAGCAGGGUCCUGUGAGGCUCCGGCAUAACGAGGCAUGGAAACUUGUAACAAAAUCGAGGAGAAACAAGAGAGCGCCGCUUUUGUGAUUAAAGAUGGUUGGCCCGGCUACAGUCUGGAUCUGUUCACAUACCCUCAACAUUACUGUGAUGAUCUGGAAUGUGUAUAUAUACCCCAUGGAGUGAUCCGGGACAGGACAGAGCGACUGGCAAGAAACAUCAUGGAUGACAUUGGUGACCAUGACAUUGUGGUCCUCUGCGUUCUGAAAGGUGGCUACAAGUUUUGUGCUGACUUGCUGGAUUACAUUAAAGUGCUGAGCCGCACGUCCAACCGCUCGAUUCCCAUGCGGGUGGAUUUUAUUCGACUUAAGAGCUACCGUAAUGAUCAGUCAACGGAGGCCAUGCAAAUCAUUGGAGGUGAAGAUCUUACCAUUCUGACUGGGAAGAACGUUCUCAUUGUAGAGGCUAUUGUCAAUACAGGCAAGACCAUGAAAACCCUUCUCAAUCAUGUGGAACAAUUCAAGCCAAAAAUGGUGAAGGUGGCAAGCUUGUUAGUGAAGAGAGCUCCUAGUGGUGGAGGAUAUUCUCCCAAUUAUGUUGGCUUUGAAAUUCCAAACUGUUUUGUCGUGGGAUACGCCUUGGACUAUAAUGAGUACUUCAGAGACCUCAAUCAUAUAUGUGUCAUCAGUGAAAAGGGAAAACUGAAGUACCGGAUCUGACCGCCUCUCUGACGACGUCCACCUUUGACUACCGAAACACAGCAGAGGAAGACUGUGGACUACAGCCCAGCCUGUGUUAUUCACGCCGCACUCCCCUGGCCCCCGUCUACGUGAAUGACCACCACCCUCCUUUACUUUCGGUGUGUUUGGGUCCCACUUUUGUGCCGACUUAAUCUUAUGGGAUUGUGGGGUUUGCUAUAAUGAAUGGGAUGACAUUUUGUAGCAAAUGUU